AUGAUCCACCACCUCACAUCUCCCACAGACCCUACAGCCACGUCACUCCCACAGUCACUCCACACCCCACAGCCACCCCAAACCCCACAGCCGCCAUACCCCCACAGUCACCCACCAGCCCCCAUAGUCACCAACCCACAAAGCAACCCCACGGCCCCCACAGCCAGCCACCGACCAGCCACACAGUCACCUCAACCCCCAGCCACCACCACCAUCCCACAGUCACCCACCCUCACUGCCACCUUACCCCCACAGCCACCACAGCUACCCAGCUACCAGCCCUCACACCCCCCAGCCACCACACCACAAAGCCCUCACAGCCAGAUCACUCCCACAUUCCCCACACCCGCACAAUCCCCUACAACCACCACAACCACCACAGUCCACACCCUGCGACAUGAUUCCCACCUACCCCCACCACUCCCCACCCACUCCCAAACAGCUCCUCCUCUGUCCACUGGUGGGUUGUGA